CCUGCGACGCCAUGUUAUUUCCGAAAUAAAGGACGCUGAAAAAAUUGUCGUUCUCUAUUUCUAUCCGAGUGAGGGUAGAUUUCUAAUUUAUCGUCUAUUUACAAAAUAACAGAAAAUAAUGAAAACUUACAGCAGAAAGAAAUUUGGCGAAAUUACUGAAGACGUUAUAGAUUUGGAUGAUAUUUGUCGACUUUGUAUGGGCAAAGAAGAGGAACUGUUCUCAAUUUUCAACAAUGAAGAAUCUGUCCCUCUUACAUUAAGAAUUAUGGCUUGUGUAUCACUAGAGGUAUUUGAGGGAGAUGGUUUGCCUGAUAAAAUAUGCCAUCCUUGCAAGUUUCAGUUGGAAAAAUCAUACCAUUUUAGGAAGAAAUGUGAACAGUCUGAUAUGAAACUACGUUCACAUUUACGAGAUAUUAAAGAGAAGAUUGGAGAUAUAGAUCAGCAAGAGAGUAGUAUGGAAAAUACUAGUGAUGUAGAAAUGAUCGAAGAAUCUACAGAAAAUACUACUGUUAAUAAUGAUUCAAUCAUUCAAGAAGAUACAGAGGUGGACCCUAGUACAGAAGAAGAUAUAGUUGGUGUAACCAAAGUGGCAUAUAUUCAACAGCCUGAUCCAGAAUCAGAAGAUUUACCCAGCAAUAUAACAUUACCACCUGAAGCCGAUAGUGAAAAUAAGGAAGCCUGUACUCUAAAACCUACCAAAGACAUGAAAACGGAGCCGGAAGAAGAAGAAGAAGCAGAGAAUGGAAGUUAUUUUAUAAUCGAAGAAAAUUAUGCAGAUAUGGAGAAUACAAAUAUGGAUGCAAUUGCAGAUGCAGUUAAAGCUACUCUGGCUUCUCAGCCUGGAUUAAAUUUGACUGGCCAAUUACAACUGAAAGUAAAUCCAUCAGAAGGUAAAACCACUCAAGUCGAGGUCACAACGGAGGAUGGGGACAUUAUAGUAAUGGAGAUUAUGACAGAAGAGCAAAAUACGCAAUUUCAAAAAGUACAGGAGCACAACGAAGACGGUGAACUGAAAGUAUUUCAGUGUCCAGAUUGUCCUAAGUCAUUUUCUAGAAGAAUACAGCUUAGGAGACAUGCUUCGGUUCACAUGCAACAAAAAGGGUUUAGUUGUGGAAUCUGUGAAAAAUGGUUUCCUACGAGGUCGGCUUUAGUGCGACACGAAAGGAUCCACACAGGAGAAAGGCCAUUUCAGUGUGAAGUAUGUUCAAGAAGUUUUGCACAGAAAGAAAUCUUGUUUCGUCAUUUAAUGACACAUACGGGCCAAAGACCAUACUCGUGUCCGCAUUGUUCAAAGGGAUUUAACCAAAAGGAACAGCUGAGAGUUCAUUUGACAACUCAUAGUGAUGUAGAUGGUAGUGAUAUAAGUUUACACUAUUGUACCCUGUGUCCAAAAGUAUUUUGUCAUGCAUCAGGUUUAAGUAGACAUUUGUUGACACAUACUGGGAAAACUUUUAGAUGUUUGGAGUGUGAUAAAAACUUUACAGAUAAGAGUUCAUUAAAAAGGCAUAGUCAACAGGCUGGUCAUCAAAUAACCACAAAAAAUUGAUAAUAUUCAAUCUGAAUUCUUGAUCAGGUAUCUUAGUAAUCAUUGGUUUAUAAUGUAUUUAUAAGGAAUUCAAUUUUGUUGUAAACAUUUUUAAUCUAUUAAUUCCCUGAAGAGAAAUGGUAUGGUAUCAAUAUAGAGAAUGAUUUAAUGCUA